UGAUAGGGAAUCACAAGAUUUGAGAGGCGAAAUGAUGGAAGACCACAAGCAUAACAGAAGAGUUUUCCACAAAGACGGAGGGCCGCAAGAGGAGGAAGGCAGAGUGAAAACUAAGCCUGUCUCUUGUAGUACUGGGGGAGGAGAUGGGACCGCAGUUAAGCGCACAUCCCAGCAUCUCACAUCUGAAGACGAAGAUGAGUCCUCCGCAGGCCCACCGGCACCCCGCAAAGUCUCCAAGAUAGGCUUUAGCAUGGGCAGUCAGAUGGGGAAGAAGUCCAACCCCAUUUCUAUCAAACUGGGAGCUUCAAAACCCAAAGAGCCUGCACCAUCCCUACCUCCAAAAAAAGCAGGACUGGCUUCUGUUUUUAAUGACAGUGAUGAUAGUGAACCUGAGGAGAUGCCUCCCGAGGCAAAGAUGAGAAUGAAAAACAUCGGAAGGGAGACACCGACAUCUGCAGGACCCAACUCAUUCAACAAGGGCAAGCAAGGCUUCUCUGAUCAUCAAAAACUUUGGGAGAGGAAACUGAAGGCCCAAGCAGACAAAUUGUAGAUCUACAACCGUUUUUUUGUCCUUAAUGAAGGUUUUUGUAUAGUUUAAACCUUGUCAGAGAUAAUUUGAAGGACAACUUUAGCCUUCAAUGAUACUCUUGGACUGAAUUUAUGUUCAUGUUCGUGACCACUACCGGUGGAGGCUAAUUGGGAAGAGAGAUGUGGAGAUGGGAGAGACAAAAACUAACAUGGUCAGUGUAUUGUUUUAAGUGAUUUAUUUGCUGCCGUUGCCUAUUUCUGGGUAACAGGGAAAUCUGAGACCUCAUUCUCCUUUUUAAGAACUGCUUGUUAGAUCUGAGGCUAGCUAGGUACGGGCGCCAGCAAUCUGUCUGUAUUGAUUGUCUCAUCUUAGUGUAAAAAUGUAAAAAGUGUGACACGUUUUUUUUUCUUUCCCAAACCCAUAAAUGCAAAGUGUGCGUUUGAAUGCAAUGUCAGUUUGUGCUUGUGUGUGUGUGGGCAUAGAUUAGUCAAUAAAUAAUUUCCCCUAAUAAGUAUACAACCCUUUGGGUUCACCUGCUGUGCCACAUCAUAGGCAGCCUUUUAUAUUUUUUGUUUGUUUGAGCUCCAAGUAGCUCUUAUUUGUACACACAGUACUAUCUCUGUCUGCUAACUCUGGCAAAUAGUUCAGUCUUUAUGUGUGCUUGCUUUUAGACAAAGGAAGGAUGCAAAUGUGUUUUUGUUUGGAGUUUUAAAGAGCAGAAUAGAGCAGAGAUGACUUGAGUACCAGCAUGCUGGUAAGUCAUAUGAAAUCAUUGUUGGAAGGUAGAGAUCAGGCAAAAUUGUAUACUUUUCUUUGUAUUAUGAUUAUUAUUGUUCAGAAAGCAAACUCUUAGAGUUAAUAUGGUACCUCUGUGUUUCUCCUCACUCAGAUAAUCUUGGUUACCUAACCUUUGUUUAGACUUUCUCCUACUGAACUACACCCAUAUCCACUGUUUCAGUCUGUUUUAUCAAACACAGUUCUCUUGAAUACAGAUUUAAUACACAGUCAUUAAAAUAAAAAAGUGAAUGACAUGAC